UGAACCGUUGAAAACAGUGCUGCUAACGCGGUGCGAUGUUUCGUGAUUUCUUAUUGGCCAGCACGAAUUUGAAGGAUCAGUGUCGCCAAUUGACGCAAUGAAACGCUGCGGUGCGUUCAGAAAUCGUGUUCAACAGGCGGAAUAACGAACGUUAACCAAUCAUGAUCAAAGAAACCUUUGCUCUUUCUUGAUUGGUUAAUUAAAUCCUAUUCGAUCCGUUUCGAAACACCCAGGCUAUUCGGAAACAUUACUUAUCGGUGUGCCUUUGGCUUCACUUCAGUGACUGAACUGAAUUGACACACCGAUGGAAAAAGAGAUAGAGAGCGAGAAAUAAGGAACAAAGAGCACAUUGUAGAUCAGGCUUAAAGCUUGACUUACAAUGUGCUCUUUGCGUUCCGCUUCUUGCUCUCUAUUUUUUUUCUGUAAAAGUUUCUACUUACUCAUGGAAGAGAGAUGCAAGAAGCGAGAAACAAAGAGCGUAUUGUAGUUCAGGCUUAAGAAUUUCUAUUUACUCACGGAAAAGAGACAGAGAGCAAGAAGCAGGACGCAAAGGGUAUAUUGCAGACCAAGCUUAAAGGGAACGCAGCCUAUGAGAAGUCGGAUGGCACGCGAACCGUGCGGUGUCUGCCAAACAAACGCGAGGCUCUCCUUGUUUAGUGAAAGCGCCGCCACCGCAAGCUGCAAACACGAGACGCGAAAAAAAACGUCGACGUGCUUGGAAGAAGAAACGCGAUUUCCCACGGCGGAAUAUAGAUUUCACGAACGUGUCGUCCUACCGUGUUAUUCGCGGCACGUCUGAGAAUUGUUGGCGCGUUUUUUUCCCUGGCGGUAGCUUCGUCGAACUCACGUUGAUCAGAGCAGUAUUGGGCAUAUUCGUCCCGGACGUGAGGAUUUUUGUACGAUCGCGAGGAGCAUCUCCCGCGGCAUUGUGAGUGGGGCGAUUCGAGGGGGAAGAAUCGGCACAGGCGGGAAGACAUGAAUGAUCAUCGGUAGUUGUCGCAUCGGAGAAGGAAGAAAAAGGGAUAGGAGGUGAAGGACGCGACGAGAUGGCGAUGAACACGACUACGAUUUUCUCGAGGAUGAUGAAGACGCUGCGGGAAAACAGCAGUGUCAAAGAAAAGCGCGAAGCUUUAACCUAUAUCUCCAGUCAAGCUAAGAAAUUAGAAUCGAGUGGUGUUAUUAAAGAAGAACGAUAUACAGAAUUAUGCAAGUUGGUUAUAGAAGCAUUUACAAAGGAAGAAGGAAGUAUGCAGUAUGAGGCAUUAGGAGCACUUACUGCCAUUGUGCAAGAAUUUCAAGCACAUUCCUUACACCUUUUUGAAUUAAUGUUGCAGACAGAUAAGCGAAUAAGAUUAAAAAUACUUAAGCUGUUGGAGGUAAUAGAAGACAAUGCUAUUUCUGCAGCUGUCAAUGAUGGACAGGCUGUAAAUUUUUUUAAGGAAUGUCUGAUCAGUGUACAGCCUAGUUCAAUGGAGUGGAUAACACCAACAGCAUGCGUAGACAAUUUGCAAAUGUUGACUAAGGUCGAACAUCAUGUAUUAUCGGACGAACAAAAAUUAGAAGAGGAUACAGUCGCUUAUUCGCUUAAUCUUCUAAAAAGAUUAUACAGACUGGCUGCUGUAACAUUUGAUCCAAACAUAGAGAAAUUUGAUAUAUUAUUGAUGGAUAAGAUUGUAACAUUGGCAUACAUGGGACACAAACGUCAGCGUUCAUUUGCUCUGAAAGUCUUGCAGCAAGCUAUCGCAACUAAUUCCUCAUUUCGUAUUCGUAAAAAUCAUUCUGAACAAUGGGCUCAGUAUAAAACAAAUAUACAAUCUUUGUAUUGUAAACGUAUGUUGCUCUUGGUAGCAGCGUGCGAAACUGAUUGGAGCAUUCAGUGGAAUGUCACUAUCCAGCUUCUUGGUACGGAUCUUCAUCGUGGUGCUAAUCUUAUAAAUAAUUUACUUAGUGUCGAAGAAAAGGCUUUCAAGUCUACCGAUACCAUUAUACGCAGACAAGCUUUCCUCUCAUGGAAAUUAUUGAUCGACAACUUCGCUUUAGACUAUCAAGAACUUGCUACUGCCAGAAGAAUAAAAUUACUUUGUAUUCCAUUAAACGCUAAGAACAGCAAAACGGAAUUAAUCUCGUUGACGAAAUUAGAAGUUUGGUGGCAUUUAAUUAUCAAACUUUACAAAGAUAUCACGCAGUUUGUUACUCCCGUUAUCACGCAAUUUCUAAACUUCUGCUUCGGGCCGCUCGGAGAUACACCAUUACUUUCCUCCAAAUUUAACGUUGUUGCCUCUCCAGGCAAAAGAUUUCUAAAGACAAAGCUGGUUGCUGUGGAUGCCUUGUAUCAGUUGAUUGUUUCAAGGGGAGAGAAUUCUACAGUUUGCGCUGCAAUGUUAGAAGAAAGGCUCCCUCAUGUUAUAACUCAUCCAGUUUUUCAAGAGUGUUCCAAAAGCAUUACUCACAGUAUAGGAGAGGCAAUACUCAUUCUUGGGCAACUCACAGAUCAAGAAAUGAAAAAUCGUUUUCAGCUUGGAAAAAUAUUAUGGACAAGCCUAAUGAUAUAUAUCACAGAAUUAAAAAUUGAGAAUAAGGACCAUCUGUUUAGAGAUGUGAUACUAGUUGUAACUGAAUUGGGAAACCAUUUUGAUAAAUCCAUGGUGAAAGAUAUGAUUUUCAAUGUAAUUUUGCUAGAUCUUGUUCGAGUCAUUAAGGCUUCUGCGUUUGUUGAUAGCGCAUUACCAGAGUUGGUAUUGAAACUGUUAUCACUUCCAGUACUCUGCGAAGUGCCAGAGAAUUUCUGCUGCAAUGAUAUUGAGUGCCUUCUUCAGAGGUGUAUUAGUUCAGAAAUUACAUGUUCGCAUACGUUUGGAUGUCUGCAAACAAUAAUGUCAAAUCUGAAGUCAGCGAGUGAUACGCGUGAAAAUAUGAUAUUUUACAUAGAAUUGUGGGCUGUAAUAGCGACGGUAUUGACAAAGUAUACAGCAAAUUCUAAGAAGAUCGAUGAGGGUGAUAAAAACGGACAUAACUUUAAGACUGUGAAGUCGGUUUUGUUAUUCCCACUUCAAUGUAUAGCUUCGGAAAAUUUCCAACAGUUGCAAGAUUGUGAAAUGCGAAAAUGUAAAUAUGGGCAAGUAUGGAAAUCUUUAUAUAAAGAAUUCGAGAUACAAUCAGGUUCGAUAAGUACAGUGAAACCAAACGAGAUUUUAUUGGAUAUCGCAAGUAUGAUUCAGACUUAUUUAAACAAAAACAAUUGUUCUUUCAUUGUAUUUUGUUUAGAUGUCUUAUUGGGUACCAUUAAUUACGAGCAUUUAUUCGUACAAGAUGGAAUUCCAUCUAUCAUGCAAUUAAUAAUAGAUGUAGUAACAAUUGCUCUUACCAACAUGCAAACCAGUAACUGUGAAGUAACUUUGAAGAUGUUGUCGGCUAUGCUUAUUACUGUAUAUGGACAUAAUCUGCAUAAAGCAGUGCUAUAUUUGCAAAUUUGUAAAUCAGCAAUUGAAUUUGUACUUGAAUUGCAGUUGAAGACACUUUCUAAAGAAGUUGUAAGCCUUUGGGAAACUGUAAUUAGCAUUUUUAGAGGACUUGACAAACGGAUACAUCGGGAAAUUUUCUCGUUGUAUAAAGAAGUAGUUUUAAAAGCCAUACAACAUUCUAACUCAAACAUAAGAUCUUUAGCAUGGUCUGUUUUUGGAAAUGAGGAUGGCUCAGGCAGUACUGCUAAGUAUAUUUCAGAUGAGAAAGAAGGAAUGAUAGAAAAGUCGCCAUCGCACUCGAAACGUGAUGAUUCUGCAAAGAAAAAGGAAGAAACGGGAAAAGUAAAAGACGUGCGUGUAGUUGGUAGUUUCUUAAAUAGGAAACCAGUUAAUACGAAGUCGGCAUCUAAUAAGCCAUUAGAGAGGGACGAAAAGAAUGCACUUAUAUUGCCUGAACCUGAUUCGCAAGAUUAUGUGUACAUAAAAACAGAUUUGAAAUUUGACAUUAAUCGUUUGACAGAGCACCAAAAGGAAACCUUGAAAAAGAAGAGAGAAGAUAUACCGGCAUUGUACAAUGAUCUGUCUCAAUCGUCCUCGCAAAAUACCCAAAACUUGCAGGAAUGGUUCGACAUCAAGGCUAAGCAUAUUAACGAAUUGGAUAAAGCCAAUAAUAAAAAGAACGACUUAAUAACACAGAAACCUAUUAAUAAUGAUGCUAACAAAGAAAAUAAGAUCAUCGUUAUGCAAGGUGAACUUAAUUUGAUGGACAAGAUGAUUAAUAAUAACAAUAGCAAUAAGUUAGAUGGAAACGUCGGGGAUAAUAUCAUUGAUGCGAAGCAAAAGAAAGAUUCGACGAAAGAAGCCGAGAGAAAAGAUUCUGACUCGCACGAUGAGAAUACGUCUAAACAAACCCACUUGACUUCGCCAUUGUUCACUGGAUUUAUUCCAGAACCGGACAACGAGAUAGACGUGCACUCAACAACAUCUGUUACAAAAAGAUUAAAUUUUGAGUCAAAAGAGGAAUUUCCUGAAGAUAAAACGCACGAGCGGCAAUCGUCACCGUCAAUGUUCGAUAGCGCUAAGCGACGACAUCGUAAUGAUAAAGUCGAUACGGCAAGAUCGAAUUUGUCGUUAAGAAGUGACGAGGCUGACGAGAACCAGAAAGAUUCAAGUACGGUAAAUGUACAGAAAACAUCGAGAAUGAAACAUAGUCAAGGAAGAGCCGGUGCGAGCAGUUCUCGGAGUCCGUGCGAUGACACUGACAUCAAGGAAGAAUCUAACGAAAGCAAGAAAGGUAUUAAGCGUAAGUACGUGUCGGAUACCGAAUCGGAUAGAGUUCUGCAGCAACGUCGAAAGCGGAAAAUGAUUUCGCUUUCUAAAGACGUUAAUGACGACGAUAAGGAUAAAUUGCGACAUAGCGACAAUACAUCGUUGGAUACGAUGGACACGGAUGGCUUGAGUCAGCGUGUGCAAAAAGAGAUGUCUCGCUUGAAAAUUGACAUGGUAUUUGAUUGUAACGCGGUGAAUCGUCGUCGAAUCAAACAUUCGGAUGAAGGGGACAAAGAAACAAUGUUAAAAAAAGUUAAUACAAAGGACGCAAAAGAAGGGAAUGAUACGAGUCAAGGAGCACUUAUUAAGAGACGAAGUAGAAGAAGUAUCAGACAAGAAUCUGAGAAGCCCACUGAGUCUGACUUACUAAAGAAGUUUAAAGAAUUGGCUAAAGAAGAUAAAGAAGCUAGGAAAGCCAGUGAUACUGAUAAAGUACCAUUGAAGAAUUCGGCGGACACGGAUACGACGCAAAUGGUCCCAACGACCAGCCAAACGGCACAAGAUGUUACCGACAGAAUGCAAGAUGAAAAGCUCGAUGAUUCGAAAUCUAUCUCUGUCAAAAGUGAAGAUACCUCCAAAGUUACCUCCGAACAGGACGAGUCGAGUCAGGAUGAGAUAGAAGAUGUUGUUGAAAGUUCGCAGGCUCUCAACGUCAUAAAAAUAGAUAAAAUAUGCGGCGAGAAACAGUGCUUCAUAAAGAUUAAUAAAAUGCCGAAUAUUCACGCGAUCAAAGCUUCCGACGUGAUCGUUGAGAAAAAUUAUGUACCUGAAUCUAUCCCCGUGGAUUGCGGUGAUGUCGAUGUGCCUGGUCCAUGUGAGCAACCAAAUGAAGCUACUAUUGAUAAUAAUAAAGAGACGAGCGACGCAGGGAAUAAAGAUAGUGCGAAUAAGGACGUGACUGAAGAAACUGACAAUUCCAACGCGAAAAUUCCAAGCACGGAGAGUCAGAAGGCAGUCGACGGUUCGACCAAGCUUGCGGGUGUAAUUACUUAUUCCUCGCCGAAAGGCAGCGGCAAGGUUUUCCCCAAGCUUAAAUCUUUCACGGUUCACGGACGCGCCGCUCAUAUGCUAGGUUUAGUCACGAAACAGUCGCGAAUCGAAACAGAUAAUGUAAUUGUUGCCGAGGAUGACUCGGUGAUCAAGAAGUCGAGAGGCAAGGAUGCGGAAACUGAAGCGUCGACGAGUAAGAAGGUUCCCACGGUUAAAGAGAUCGACAAGAUAGGCGGGCCAUCCGGCAGUCGGCAGGAGAAGAUUUUUAAUAAUAUGAGGUCCAUACAUGACUACGCGUGUCCGUCGACGUACAUGUUUUCCGGCUUGAAGAACGACGGCGAAAAACUGCCGUCCAAAGUGGAUAAGGAUAUUUCAGAUUCUGUAUCGACAGACAACUCGGGAGACAAGGAAAACGAAGAGAAUGCGUCGUUUUUGUCCGACAAGGACGACCUGCCGAUAUUGGAAUGGUCGAGCGCUAACCCACCCUCGUUGACUGCAUCACCGAGCGCUAGUAUUCUCAAACGUAAUCGAUUGAUCGUUUCAGAGCCAGAUCCAGAUUCUGUACAUCCUAAUAAGCGAAAACGAGUGAGUUUUGCGGAUCCGCCGGUGUCGAAAGAGAUGGGCUACGAGAUUUCCACUGCGCAGUCUCCACACAAGUCCUCGAAAUUCUCUACGGUGCGCAGUCUCACGCCGAAGAAGAAUUCCCCACGGUCUAAGAAAUCCAAGCUCAAGUUUACAUCGGCUGACGCGGAGAAAUCGACAACUGAGAAAGACACUUCCAGCGAGAUUAACGCUGAAAUUGCUCCGCAUGAUCAAAAUCAAGAGUCGUUAGCGAGUUUUCACGAAGAGAUUGUGCAGAGCACUGUGCCGGUGGACUGCGUCGAGACCGGUGAUUCCGAGACACAGCAAGACAUCUUUGACGGAUCGGAGACGAAUAGCGAUAGUUCAGUUAUCCACUCCACUGACGACGACAUCGACUUGUCCGCUCGAGACGACUCGGUCGACUCGGUUAAACUAAUCGAUCUUGAUGAUUCUUUGAUGGAUGCUUUACCUACUGAUGAGGAUAAUCUGGAAGGUUUGAAAGAUACCGAUGCUUUACCCACCACUGAGGAUAAUGUGGAAGGUCUGGAAAAUACAGACGCUUUACCUAUCAAUGAGGACAAUCCGGAAAACCUGAAAGAUACAGCAGACGCUUCACCUACCAAUGAGGAUAAUCGAGAAGGUCUGGGGGAUACUGCUUUACCCACCAAUGGGGCUAAUCUGGAAGAUUUCGAAGAUACUGCUUUACCUAAUAAUGAAGAUAAUCUGGAAAUUCUGAGAGAUACUGCUUUACCUACCAAGGAUGGUGAUCUGGAAGAUACGGUGGACAUCCAGAAUAUUGACGGAUUGAAUUCCACCGUGGACCCGGACGAAGUGUUCGGUGAGAAAUUGCCGCGCAUCAGCACGUGCGAGGAUGAGCGGAAUGCGAGGAACGCGAAGAACGUGGCGGAACAAGACACUUUGUCGGUAACGGACUCGAUAUUCGCGAGCCUGCCGUCGAGCCAAGACAGCCGAUGUGAGAAUCAGAACAACGUGCAGCUCGAUCCUGAAUUCUUGGAUUCCGUACAGCCUAUCUAUCCAGCAUUGUCAUCGUGCGGAGAAUCCAUCAUUGCUGUCAUCGAACAGUUGACCACCCCUCUGUGGAGACAGUACUUGCAGACGUACCUUACGAAUAGAAAUCUGUUCACGAUCGGUGACCUCGCGCAACUGUCUGAGCGCGAGGUCAACAGAAUGCCUCUGAGUGGCAAAUCGAAGAUUCAACUCGUCAGGAAGGUGCUGCAACGCUAUCAGAGCACGUUCGAAAUCGCGAGCCGCAAGGACGACGGUCCGACGGCUACGUCACAAGAGAAACCCUCCGACAGGACGGAGCAAUUGGACAAAAGGACGCUGGACGAAGUAACGAUCGCGUUAGCCGCGCCUGGUUCUAUCGAGGCAGCGCCAAUCGGCAAUGAGACCUUAAGGUGCAGCACGCCGCUCGCAUCCGCCAGGAAGUUGCACGAUCAUUCGUCGACGAAGAGACCGCUCACCGAACACUUGGACACGACCGAUCCUAUCAACGAAGAUUCUUCUAUCUGCGACGAUUAUUUCGUGGAUACCUCGGCGAAACGCGACAACGCGGAUUCGUCAGCGUUGGAUACUGGCGCGGUAAACGAGCGGACAGGCGCGGAAGCGCCAAUCACCGCUCACAGCUCGCCCGAGAAAUCCGCGAGGCACGGCAAACCAACGAUGCUGCCCAUCGCGACCUCGUCGGUCUCCAAAAGUCUCACAACCAUAACUGAUGCUCCUUCAAGUGACAGUAUAAAUGUGUCAGCAAUUGUCUGUAACGAGCCUCUGAUCACGCACUCGUCCGUUGGUGUCGGUACCGACGAGGUGUAUUCCUCAGAACCGGCUGUUAAGAAAGUCACGAGGUCCGUCGAAUCUCAGAUGGCACUUGAGGACCUACUUGAUGAAAUCGAUGUGAAUGUUGUACUGGAGAGUGCAGUCAGAAGAUGUAGCCCCGAAUCUAUCUUAUCACAGUACAAGAUGAAGAUGACACAGCUGUCGGAAGCGGAACUGGUAAAGGAAACUCUGAGAAUGCUCGGUUUGCACAACAAACGUCAGCUCAACGACGCGUUAUUGAGAACGAUUUGCCAUAGUUACGGCAUCAACAAUGUCCUCCUCAGGCUGCCCGACGUUUUCAAUUCCGACAAGAAAUUCUUCGAGAAGGUAUUCAAAGCAUACCACAAGAAGCUGAAUAUCGUCGACUGUCUGAACAUCUUCGAUUGCACCGAAUUGGAGAACGCGAUCUGCCAAAAGUACACGUCGUCGGACCUCGUACGAAUGUUGUCGGAGAAGCUGAAGCGGGAGGAACAAGAAGGUAUCAAACAACCGAUACCGGAAAUAUCGAGUUUAAAUGCUAUGUUACAGAGAUUACCAAUGGACGUAAUUAUUAGUCAUACUGUAGCGAACGAGGAGGUCAUUCCGUCGUCAGUGGUUUUAGACAUAGCCUUGCAGAAUAACAGCUCGGAGGAUAUAGCACGAUCGUUGAGUGCUCAAUCUCCCGAUCGGGUCAGGCGUAUCUUGGACCGUCUCAGGCCGUCUCAGUUUAAUGCUGCGCAGAUCGAGAAUGAAGAAGUAUCCAAAGAGAGUUUGCUCACCAUUUUCAAGAGCGUCUGCUCGAAACUUACCGCGCAGGAACUGUUGGACGUGUACCACGAGACUAUGACGAGCAAGCUCAUCACAAAGGAAAAUAAGAAUUAGAUCCGCAACGGAAAGGCACAUCAGCGGUUCUAAGCUAACUCAAUAUGACUGAUGUUUAGUAUUGAUGCGUUACGUACCUAGAAAUCGCUUUAUCCGUCAUAACGUCCGCUGUAUACUGACACUAUGACGUAUUCACGGAUUUCUCACUCGCGUCGUGUAAUCGCGUAACGGACUUUCUCUCCGCUGUGUCUGACUUGAUUUAGUUGUUACCACUAAAUUAAUAUUUUAUUACUGAUUAUUUAGAUUAGUUUUACCUUGAAACAUUGAUCAAGCAUAUUAGUUAGAUGAGACUUAUCUAUUUAUAUUCUCAUUUGCAACAGUCCUAAAACAUUUGCCACGAACGUUACAUAUUGUAUUAAUCAAAAUAGUUGUUUUACAUGCCUGUGUGUAGCACGAUGCGGUACAACUUGUAUAUAUAUAUAUCUAAAUAUCGGAAAAAAAUCUAUUAAUUAUUCAAUCUGGAUUGUCAAUUUCGUUUGCAAAUUUAUGUAAAAUACCAAUAAAAAUGGGCACAAAAAAGAAAAGCAAAAGAAACCAAAUGGACAAUUAUUGAAUUUCAGAUUAUUUUUUUAAAGUUAUUGUGCUAUUUUGAAUUUUUGUGACAUUGGUCUUACGAUCACGUAACGCUUGCUCAUAUUUUUGUACAGCCAUGAGAGUUUUUUUUUCUCGUGUAUGUCUGAAUUUAUAAUUGUUUGUUCACCACAUAUAUAUUACGUGAAUUUGGUAAUGUCAUGCGGCUAAAUUACGAAUGUUGUAUUUAUACUACGUUGUUCCUGUACAAAUACAGCGAUUGCUUCUUUUAUAAAUAAGCAUUUCAUGAGACCAAAUGAUCGUCAGUGAUUAUUUCUUCA